AUGUCCAUAAUUGCUCAGAUGGGUCCACUAACAAAAGUGGACGGCUCUUCCCUUAUAGAAUCUAAACAAACAAAGAUAAUAUGUUCUGUAACGGGACCCAUCGAACCCAAAUCAAGACAAGAACUACCCACUCAACUGGCAUUAGAAAUAAUCAUAAGACCCGCUGCGGGCGUGCCAAACACUAGAGAAAAAUUGAUGGAGGAUAAGUUACGUGCAGUUAUUACUCCAAUUAUAACGAGAUAUUUAUAUCCUCGUCAAUUAUGUCAAAUUACUUUACAAAUUUUAAAUUCAGGUGAAUCUGAAUUGGAAUUCGCACAGAGAGAAUUAGCUACAUGUAUUAAUGCUACUUUAAUAGCUUUGAUUGAUGCAGGUAUAGCUUUGAAUUCAAUGUGUGCUUGUGUUCCUAUUGCUUUGACCAGUAAGGAGGGUAGUGAUGAAACACUUUUAAUUAUAGACCCUAGUGACGAAGAAUUGAAAUCUUCCAACUCUGUACAUGUUUUGGCCUUGGAAUUGGUGGAUCAGUGUAAGACGGUGAAGAAUGUCCUAUUAUUAGAUAGUAACGGAGAUUUCAAUGAAAAGGAUCUAUUUAACAUAUUGGAAUCUGGUGAAGUCGAAGUUUUGAAAUUGGGAAAACAAAUAAGACAUAUUGUCGAAUCAAAAAUAAAUUCGGAUAUUACUAGCAUAUAA